UGUUAACAGCCACUGUUAAGCGAAUUGCAUAAAAUUCUUAGUUUCUUUCUAAAGAUUACUUGUUAACGAUUAAAUAAAGCAACAUGCUAAGCAAAACAUCGUUUAUUGGAGCCAUGAUGCGAAGAUCGUUCGGAACCAGCCAGGUGAUGCGAGAGACGAUCAAAAACCACGAACCCAACAAUCUGGAACGCCGUAUGUUGGUCUGGACCGGUAAAUAUAAGACGCAGGCCGAGGUUCCCAAUUUCGUUAGUCAGGAUGUCAUGGAGCGCUGCCGCAACAAAAUGCGCAUUCGACUGGCCAACAUAAUGAUUGCACUCACCGCCGUUGGAUGCGCCAUAAUGGUGUACAGUGGCAAGCAGGCCGCCAAGCGAGGAGAAUCCGUCACCAAGAUGAAUCUCGAGUGGCACAAGCAGUUCAAGGAUCCUCAGCAGAGCGAAGGAUCUGUUCCGGCCGCCAAAUAGAUAACCACACCGAAGUCCUAGAAAUAUUACAAUUGGCCAGGCUUCUGUUUUCAGUCCCGAUGAAGAUCGACUAAAAAUGGCCCUAAAACAUAUUUUACGGCUCUAAGACAUAACAGAUUCCUUGAUUUAUAACAGAGCGUUUCCAUUUUUAGUUGGUCUAAAGAAUGUUGCAAAUAUUUCUUCUUAAAUUUCAAUUUUUCAUGUUUAACCAAAAUAUAUAUUUUCACUCUUAAAAAGUCAUUAUUAAAACCGAAUUGGCCCAUAAUGAAACAUGGUAGCAGGGCCAAAUCUUUAGUAACUUUUUAGGCUUAGAAAAUUUAUAGAUAUGUAUGUAGUGAUAUUUGCAAACUCAAAGUUAGUUGUAUUAUCAAAAAUAAAAUAUAUUUUAUGAAAA